CCAUGAUCAGGGUUUGCUUCAGACAUGUACAACUUGUGGUGCCUCAGCCCUCAGUGCUCCCCAGUGCCACCUGCUCUUACUCUUAUUGCUUAGCAGAUAGAUGCUGAAUAAUGUUAAAUACAAGUCUGUUGUGAAUCGCUGAGGAGUUCCAUGACCCUAUGAUAUCGACCUCUCAGGUUCACUCUGAGUUGAUGGGACGGAGUGCAGAGGGACCUAAGCCUUUCCAUGCCUGUGAGUGACCCUUAUUAUUAGACUAUGCUGCCCAGUUUUCAAGCGAUCGCUACCCGGAGGAUUUUUGCCUCGCCGGCUCCUCUUAUUCGGGCAGUUCAGGCAGCUCCUCACAAGGACAAGCGUUUCUAUGCAGUGGCUGUAGAAAGAAAAAAGUUCUAUGAAAAUGUCAGCAUUUCCCAUGGAGAAGGGGGGUUUGAAAUUAACCUGGAUCGGAGGAAGCUUAAGACGCCCCAGGGGAAAGUAUUUGCUGUUCCCAGCGAGGCUUUGGCUCUAGCUGUGGCCACAGAAUGGGACUGCCAGAGAGAUGUGAUCAAGUUCUACACCAUGCAGUUGACCACACUGUGCAACACAGCCUUGGAUAACCCCACUCUAAGAAACAAGGAACAGCUUAUUAAACCCGCUUUGAAAUUCUUGGAGACCGACACCAUCUGUUACAGAGUAGAAGAUCCCCCGGGGCUGGUGGAGCUGCAGAAAAAUGAGUGGGAUCCAGUGAUUGAAUGGGCAGAAAAAAGAUACAACGUUGUGAUUGGAUCCUCCACAAGCAUCCAUGGGCCCAUCAUCCCAACGGAGACCAAAGAUGUUUUUAGCCGUCAUCUGGCGUCCUACAAUUCCUGGGGAUUAUUAGGUAUCGAGUUUAUCAUUUCUCAACUCAAGUCCCUCAUCCUGACCAUGGGACUUAUCGACCGACACCUGCCAGUGGAGAAAGCCGUUCUCCUGUCUCGCUUAGAAGAAGAGUAUCAGAUCCAGCGUUGGGGAAAUGUGGAAUGGGCGCAUGAUUAUGACCUGCAAGAGCUGCGUUCUCGCACAGCCGCCGGGGCCCUCUUUGUACAUCUUUGCUCUGAAAGCUCUACCAUUAAACACAAGCUAUUGCAGGACUGAAUGUUGCAAGAAGCAUUUCUAACUGACUGUUUCUGGGAAACCUUCACAUCCCUGAAAUGUCUGUACUAGUGAAAGAUGAAAACAAAACGCCUCCUGAAUGAGGACGUCUUCUCUGUGGUUAGAGCAAGAAGCACUUUUGGUCUCUUAACUGCAAUUACUGCCUAUAAGUGCUACUUAAAUUGAUGGCCAAGGUCUUGGGCUUAUUUUUACCAGGAACCUCCAGCUGAAUAUUUCCAUCUGAUGCGGAACAAGAUGCAGAAGCUAAGCUGGUGGCUCAGGAUAAAACCAGUAUUUCAGGGAUCUCCAACCUGCAUCUCCCUUGUUGUGUGUUAAUUACAAUAACCAGCAUUCCGAAAGAUGCUCUCAGCUGUCAUUGCUUGCUGAUAGUUGUAGUCCAACUUAUCUGUGCUAAAAUCAAAAAUGUUGAAAUGCAAAUAACUUUGUUUCCAUACUUCAUACUGGUUGUGUAUAAAGAUUCCAGUCAUUUUAUUUGUUUUCUUUUUUUUAUUUAUUGGGUAAUGGCUGAGGAUUAGAGGCAACAAAAGUCUUUGUCUUUCAGAUUUUAAAGUAUAACUAAAUAAAUAAAUAGCUAGAAAUGUUGUA